CACCGUUGCUAGGUGAUUUGUUAUGGACAUUAUCUGCGCCUAGAUACCAAACAACUAGUACGUCACAUACGAGCAGGAAAACAUGUUCGAAACAGACUUUGUGGAAGAAAUAAAUUCAAAAUAUGCCGCAAUUGAGAACGAAUUGGAUCAGAAACUUAAAAAAUUAAAUAUGGAAGAAGAAAGAGAGAAUUUGGCGUAUGGCAAACAGGAGAAAGCUUACCGGCAGCUUCAAAAAACAUUUCCAACCUUGGAGGAAGCGCGAAAACGGAAUUCUGAACUUAUUAAAUCCCUGGAAAUGUCUAAGGCCCGACUGCGAUCCCGUUCAACGUACAGCCCGAUUGAAUCCAUUUUGGAAAAAGCACUCAAAAAUUACUCGAAAGCUUUGUAUGAUGCAAAAUCCGAAGGCAUGUAAAAAGGUUGCCGGGCCGAAGUGUUUUCAUUUUAAAAGCAGUUUUUAUUCAUAUUUUCAACGUACGAUUGCAUUGUUUAAUGAUCUGACAAACUUUUUUGUUAAAUUUUGAAAUUUUUAUUAAU